AUGCCGACACCUACGGCAGCAACAUGGGUAAAAUUCUUCACGAAUGCGAACAUUCCGUCGCCUGCAGCAGCUACGUAUGCGCACGUAUUUGUCGAAAAUCGCAUUCAGAUGGAUAUGCUGAUGGAUCUAAACAAGGAAUACCUUCGGGAGAUGGGCAUAACGACGAUGGGCGACAUUAUAGCGAUAUUGCGCCACGCUAAAAAAGUUCACGAACAGAGUGCAAGAGAUAGGGUUUUAUGCGUACCGGAUUCGGAAAUAACCUUACCGGUGGCCACGGUUUCUGCAACACAGAGUACAAGCUCAGUUAGCAAUGGGAAAAAGACGGAAAAAGCUGGGAUGACUAGAACCGUGUCAGCAACCAUACCAGCGAAGAGCGAAUCGAAAGCGCGACGCGUACUGCCGGAACACGAAGGAAAGUAUAAAAUCACACUCCCUUCCGGUAACACUCCACGAAGUCGCGAGAUCCUGCAAAAAAAGACACAGGAAACUAAGCAUACACCGAAUAGCAGCGUGGCUGUUGGCGCUACCUCAAAAGUAGGUACCAAGCGUAGCAGCAUCUUUGACCGACUCAAUAAUGACAGCGAACCACCGAGCAAAGUGACCCCGAGAGCACCAUCACUCCAACACGUAACAUCAUCCGUCGUCGUAUCGAGCUCCAUCUUUUCCCGGUUGGGCGAUCGACAAGCAGAUGCCAACGGAAGUUCCUCCACAGUACGGAGCACAGCAUCGAGCAUUUUGAAGACUUCCAUCACCAACAACGGCACAACAUCAGCUGUCACGAAUAUCCCUCCAUCACAGCAGAAGGUUAUUCUGAUUAAAAAGAUGCCCGCCAAAGCGGCUUUACCAACAUCAUCGGACGAGGAUGAAAUAUGCGCUUAUCCAGCAUUCGGUGGAAGCGGCAUAAAGACUGUCAAGUUUUCCGGGGAGGACGAAGUGCUCGAAAUUGCUCCUAGAAAACCCCACAAAUCUAGCGCCAGCACACCCGGGAGCCGGUUGAAGUUCAACGAGCAGGAAGUCUCUGUGAAACAGCGCCUCGGAGGUGUAGCUAGAAAGGGAGCCAAUUCUACUGCCGGUCCUGUGAAUCGAGUACCGUCCUUCCGCGGUACGAAGAAGGUGGUGCACAUGAAACCACAACCCAAGGUAUCUCCUGUAAGAAGUGGACUGAAGUCAGAUUCGAUCGGAGCGGCGCGUAGUAAGCAACCGAUUAAAGCUCGGCUCAACCUAAGCUCUCAGACUGCCGUCAACGAAUCGAAGCUCAGCAUUGUGAAGCGGAUGGAUAGAUUUAGCCUCGAUUCUAAGGCAACCAACAAUAGACGUAGUGCACCGGCUGGCAACAGCAGCGGAACCGUGUUUGAUCGACUAGGAUAUAACCGUAAAUGA